AUGGCGCGCGGGGAAGCGUGGGGCUGGGCGACGACGCUCAAGCAGGCGUCCACCAUCAACUCUCUGCCGUCCGAAUGGCUGCCUUUCGUCGAGCACGACGCCCAUUGGCCCGCCGCCUUGCGCCAAAACGCGUCCGCCAUCGAGCUGCAGUUCAAGUCCACGCGCGCGCAGGUCCCGCAGGUGACCGCCGCGAAGAACCGCAAUGGUGGUAACCAUCUCGGCGACGCGUCAGUUGACUGUUACUCGCAGUCAUCGGGCUUGUCGGAAGACGAGAUCGCGAUCGCAGCGCACAUGGCGCGGAUGGUUCAAACAGACGCCUCUUCCGCUCCCCACCACGCUCACGCCUCUGCUUCUCAAUCUGGAACGUUCUUCCACUUCUUCGACUGUCCUGGCCAAAACGGAUCUCAGCCGUCCGUUGGAGCAUCGUCGCCCCCGCGGCUGGAGUCGAUCGACUCUUUUAAGAGCCUCGCGGACUUGACGGUGCGCUCUGCAUUCUCCCCCUACGGCUCCGCCUCCCCCGCGAACUCCGAGCACGCGGUUUCUGCGGUCGCGCUGUCGCGAUCGUCCUCCGAAAUGGACGGCUGCGAUUUAAGCUUGUCGCUGGGCAGUCCGUCCAGCGUCGCCGCAGCGGCGGAGGCGAAGCGGGCAUGGGCGGGCGCCGCGGAAGUGUGGGGCGCGGAGGUAUCGAUGGAGCAGUCGGGGGAGAGCGGGCAGGGGGAAUGCAUGGCGGUCGGCAGUAUGCAAUACAACAGCAGCUGCGCCAACGGAUGGUUGCUCCGCAUGCCUGCUGCAACGGGGCGGCUGGGCGUGCUAAUGUGA